CUCGAGACGGAGCUAUGUGCGAGGAGAAAGUACAUCAGUGAGGAAAAACGUAGCCUAGGGGGCACUUCGGAGCCAGCGACGGAGCUGGUGGAGCGCCGGGGCCGGGCAGCGAGAAACAAAGAGAAGGGAGGACAUGAGCAGAGGAAGCGGGGGAGAGCCGGGGAUCAGCUGAGCUAAAUCGGGCACGGGAAGCUCGUCCCGCCCGCACGGCCCCGGGCCUCGCGUAUCGAGAGGACAAAGCGGCGGCCGGCCCCAUGGGGAAGGGGGGCGAGAAAGGAGAGGAGUCCGGGGAGUGCAAGCCGCAGGUCCGCUCCUACACCUGGGAGGAGAUCCAGAAGCACAACCUGAGGACGGACAGGUGGCUGGUGAUAGAGCGGAAGGUGUACAAUGUCACCCAGUGGGCGCACAGGCACCCGGGCGGCCAGCGGGUCAUCGGCCACUGCGCCGGCGAGGAUGCCACGGAUGCAUUCCAGGCCUUCCACAUCAAUCCCAGCUUGGUGCAGAAGUUUCUCAAGCCAUUACUUAUUGGAGAGCUUGCUCCAGGGGAACCCAGCCAGGACAGAGAUAAAAAUUCCCAGCUGGUGGAGGAUUUUCGGACCCUGAGGAAGACAGCAGAGGACAUGAACUUAUUCAGAGCCAGUCCUUUGUUCUUCUCUCUUUACUUGGCCCAUAUCAUUGCAAUGGAAGCAUUGGCUUGGCUAAUGGUUUCAUACUUCGGUACUGGCUGGAUCACAACUCUAAUCCUUGCCUGCAUCCUUGCAACUUCCCAGGCCCAGGCAGGUUGGCUGCAACAUGACUUUGGACACCUCUCUGUCUUUAAGAAGUCUUCCUGGAACCACAUCGUCCACAAGUUUGUGAUUGGACACCUGAAGGGUGCUUCCGCAAACUGGUGGAACCAUCGUCACUUCCAACAUCACGCUAAGCCCAACAUAUUCAAAAAAGACCCAGAUGUGAACAUGCUGCAUAUUUUUGUCCUUGGGGAAAGUCAGCCUAUUGAGUACGGCAAGAAGAAGCUGAAGUACUUGCCUUACAACCACCAGCAUGAGUACUUCUUCCUCAUCUUCCCACCUCUGCUCAUCCCCGUGUAUUUCCAAAUCCAAAUCAUCUCAACCAUGAUCAAGCGCAGGUUCUGGGCGGACCUGGCCUGGGCCAUCAGCUACUACAUGCGCUAUUUCAUCACAUACAUCCCAUUCUAUGGCAUUCUGGGAUCCCUGUUUCUCCUCACUUUUGUCAGGUUUCUGGAGAGCCACUGGUUUGUGUGGGUCACUCAGAUGAAUCACAUUCCAAUGGAAAUUGAUUGUGAGAAGCACAAAGACUGGCUUAGCUCUCAGCUGGCAGCCACCUGCAAUAUUGAGCAGUCCUUUUUCAAUGACUGGUUCACUGGACACCUGAACUUUCAAAUUGAGCACCACCUGUUCCCAACAAUGCCACGGCACAACUUCUGGAAAAUCAAACCCCUGGUGAAGUCGUUAUGUGCCAAGUAUGGAGUCCAGUAUGAAGAGAAACCUCUUGGAAAAGCAUUUGUAGACAUAGUUGGGUCACUAAAGAAAUCUGGAGAUUUAUGGCUGGAUGCUUACCUCCACAAGUGAAUAUGAGUCUUAAUGGGAAGGUGCGAGUCACAGGGAGGGAUGGGGGUGAGGGGGGAGAUCACAUAUGUGUCUUUUACUAUCAGAAUUCGGUCUAUUUCUACGUGCACAAUUUGAGAGGAGUUUCCUGUCUUGUGAACUGCUACUGGUGUGAGCUCAGGCAACCUGUUAAAUCCAGACAGGCGUAAAAUGUGCUUGGCGUGGCCUUCAGAGGACAAGAUCCAACGCACAAAAGGAAGGGUGGGAGAGAACAGAGAGAAGUGUCUAAAAAGGAGACAUUCAGCAUCUGCCUCCACCACCUCCUCUCUAUUCACUCAUUCUCACUCUGCCUAAAGCACACAAGCUGCAGAUUCACACACAAUUUGUUAGACUUCAGCAAGCCCAAGGACAAUCCUAGGACACCUGUGCCAGCUCUGCUGCAGGAGCCUCACCCCACGGGGCCCAGCAGCCGUACGCUGUGGCUUUCAGUCCUGCCCAUAAGUAAAGCAUACUAAUUGCCAAUCAAUCCUGUGUAACCACAAAUGGUUUUUUUCACCUGAGCAGAGCUUCGGCAACACCCACUUCUGCCUGUCUGCUCAUGCCCAGCAGAAACCAGGGCUGUUUCUCUUGUCAGAGGCCCGGGCUGCGUGCCCUGCUGCUGAAACCAAUCAGCAAAGAACAUGGGUUCCUUCUGGAGGAGAAGGAGCUCCCCAACCGCUUGGCCUGACCCCAGGCCCUACGGGGAGGUGGCUGAAGGCAGAACUGACCAGGCUGUGCCGGUGAUGUGAAACCUACCAUAAAAACGUCUUACAACUUCCUUAUAACUCUAUUCCCUGUCCGGUGUAUAAUAGCCUAAACCCAUGAAUAGCUUAACCAGAGAAUAUAAUUGAACGGCUUCCAGUUACUUCACAUACGUGCAACACAAUCCCAAGCCCACUCCAGGUAGAUCAAGGCCUCUGGAUUCAGCUGUAAUACAGUGGAAGAGACAUUCUCUACAAAGAAGAGCCAUAGUAUCAACAGCAGCGCUUGGUUCCAACAGCUUAUCUCAGCUCCAAACACGUUUCCUAGUACAAAAGGGAUGCUCUAGUUAUUAAGCAAUGACUUUGCACGUAUCAUUGCGUUGCCCAACAUUGAAAUUGGAUCCUCACUUUAGAACCUUCAAUGCCAGUAAAGCCCCACCAAAUCAGCAAGGUUCUGCAUGCAGAGACAACUCCAGAGCUGUGGCUAUGCCCUUCCAAAAAAAUGUAUUGUCACCUCCCACUUUGGAAAAUUGGAUGAGAUUUCUAUGUUUACUGACAGGAAAUUCAUAGGUAGGACUGUAACUUAACCUAGCUACUAAUACUUCAGAUUUAUGAAGGGCUUAUUUUUGUGUUCUUGCUCAACCCUCACCUGAAUGUCACAAUGAAUUGUUAGGAUUAAAAGCUACUCCAGGUUAUCUGAUGCUUGAACAGAACGUGAGCAGUUCUUAUAGUUGAUUUCUAAUAGCACAAGCAGUGAUGUCCUUCUGGAUGCUGUAACUUCUCAGACAAGUAGUAAUGAGCUAGUCCAGAAUUCUGACCAACACUGCUAAGAAUGCCUUAAUAUGUCCAUCUAGUUUUGACUCCUCGAAUGGGCAUUUUUUUCCCAAGACCUUAGCACAAGAUACCAAAUAGAAGAAAGCGGGGACAGGAGAGAUCUUGAUAUUAGCUGUUUUCCAACUACUUCCUCUUUCAGAACCUUGAAAACUCCUGUUUUUAUACAAAUUGUGCAGCUGCUUGAAUCCAGAAAUAAAACCUGUGUAAUGCCAUCGUAAGAAGUGACUUCCAGGCAUCAUGCACUGUUCUUGCUGCUGCAAGAUAUAAAGGUCUCUUUUUUUUUUUUUUUUUUUGCAAAGAACUGGUCACCAACCCCUUGUAGUGCAGUGUAAUAAUUGUACUUUUAUGUUCAGAAAGUUUGUCUUGUGAAAAUGCAAGAAGCUGGUUACUUCUUUCUGACAAAGCCCCACUGACAGCCUUACUCAUGUAGCUUCUUUCUCUCCCUCCAAAAAAUCCCAGCCCACCAUCAUGGGACACACAGUAUUUCACAUGCACCUUAAUGUUUGAGUUCUCCACCCGUUAGCUCAAUCAAACACACCCCUGGCAAAGAGCCCUGAAAAUCUGGAGAAAUCUAUCUUUUUAAGUGGUCAGUAGCACAGAAGUGACAUCUGUACUCCAGAAGUUUCAGUAAAAUUGCAAAGUUAGCCCACCAAAGGAUGCAAAGUUCACAUGACCUUGCUGAGCUCUGUUCCCAGAGCCAGAAGCUUCCCUUUGCAGGUUCCAGCUAGCCAUCAAAAUGAUAUAAACGUUGACAUCUACGCACAGUUUUGCUCCAGCAUUCUGAGGACUAAAGCAAAUUAAUUUCUCUGAAACAGAAGGAGGUGAAAACUCAUACAUUUUUUCUCUUGACAAAGGCAAUCCGCAUUGCAAAUACACAUCAAAACCUCCCAAACAUGCCUGAAGGCUGCCAGGGCUUGCAAAUAAACUCACCUAAACCACAUCAUUAGCCACACGAACACUUGGCAACGUACAGAGGCCGUGAGUUGGAAACAGCAUUUGUUUCAGUCAGACGAUGGAAGAACAGGCGGCAGAGGGCUGGCUUGCUUCUCUUCAGUCAUGCUAGCAGGGUUUGCCACUAAGGUUGGAGAAGCAGCAUGUUCAGAGAUGCUUGGAAGAGAAAGGCAUUAACUCUGGACAAGAGGGAGAUGGGCACGUGUUUUAGGAGGAGUAACAUAGAGCUGGGAGAAACAUGGGAAGGGAGUAGGCAGAGUGGGAAGACAAACACCAAUGCUGUGGACAGGGAAGAAAAGGCACCUUGAAACCAGGUGCUCACAUUCCCCCAGUAAUUGCUAGUCUCUGAUUGGCCAGCAGCUGAUUGGGACACUUGUUUUGCUCAGAUACCCACAAAGUGAGAAGAAACCAAACCUCACAAGGCAGGUUAAAAGCAGCCAUCUUCCAGCCACGGCAUCUUCUAGCAGAUGCUUUCCUAAGAAAGACUUUCUAACCUAACAUUUCAGGUGUUCCCUAUGAAUUGUUAAAACAUCAGAUCUACAUUCCUUAUAGGACAGCUCCUGUUUAUUUAGUUUUUCAAAAAACAAAACAAAAACAACAAUCUCAAAAUAUUUUUUCCAGUGUAUUCUAUUGCUCAUUAAAAUCAUAACUAUUUGUUGACCGUAAAAA